CUGUUCACCACCAAAUACUUUUUUCUCUCUCUUUCGCCCAGAUGAAACUGAUCUUUUGCAUUGCGCUAAGCUUAAUCGGUGGAUUUGUGUUAAUUAACGCUGAACCGAUAAAAAGUAUUUCUGGAACAGUAGGUGGUGCGGUCUAUGUGAACGGGGAAAAAAUCAAUCCUGACAACUAUUCCGACGGUGGUUCUACUGCAUCUGGUGGACAAUUCGCAAAAGGCGAUUCAAGUGAUGUACAGACGGCUGUAUCUGGCGCAACUAUUAGUUGCGGAGGAGCAAAACUGUUCGCCGUACUGACAGUUGUAUCAUUAUCGUCGUUCGGAUAUUUGGGAAAAUGUUUUUUAUGAAAUUUCCUUGUUAAAAAUAUAAUUGUCAAAAAAUUAUGUCCUUUCAGAUUGAUAUCCGUCAACGCACAGUGCGUUGUAUCCGUUCAAAAAUAUAAUUGAUG